UUCUAUAACUAUUACUAUACUUCGGUCCGAAUAAAAUCAGGGUGUGUUUAGAACUGAUUUAACUGAAACAUACAAAUUAUUUAAUUCGACACCGUACGCGCGGAGAGUUUAGCGUCGUCUAAUGAAAAAAUAAUGUGAAGUUUGGGACUUGCCGUGCAUGUCAAUGUACGUACAUAUAGUAUGUAUGUAUUUAAUAUGGUAUGGUAAACAUGAAGACCCAAAAGUGGAUACUUAGACUUGAUAUAGAUCGUGUGCGUUAAAGGAACACUUCACUUGGACGCACCGCACUCUACAGAAACAUCGUCUUAUAGACAAAAAAGUAUAAAUCCACAGACAUGGCUAACACAAUUUCCAUUAUGUCCAACGCAAUACGUAACGCAGUGAGCAAAAAGCGAAUUCGAUAUAAAGAAAAAGGAUUUAACUUGGACCUAACAUACAUUUGUCCUAAUAUAAUUGCCAUGGGAUAUCCAGCAGAAGAUAUGUUCGAAGGAAUGUACAGAAAUCGUCUGGAAGAUGUUUUGAAAUUUUUAGAGGAGAACCAUGCUGAACACUACAAAAUAUAUAAUCUAUGUCUUGAACGCUCCGAUGCGUACGAUGUAAAUAAAUUUCACGGGAGAGUUGCAAUUUACCCCUUUGAAGAUCAUAACCCUCCCCCAAUCGAGCUUAUACAAAGGUUUUGUCACGACGUAGAUUCAUGGCUUAAGGCGGAUGAGCUAAAUGUAGUUGCUGUACACUGCAAGGCGGGUAAAGGAAGGACUGGUACUAUGAUAUGUGCCUAUCUCCUAUAUAGUGGGCUACAGAAAACUGCUGACGAAGCAUUAGCUUGGUAUGAUGAAAAACGUACGAAAGAUCGUAAAGGUGUGACAAUUCCUUCACAACGUAGAUAUGUCCAGUAUUUUUCUCAUUUAAUCUGUUCAAGUGUUCCAUAUAAAAAAACUAGCCUACACGUAUCCCAAAUUCGAUUUGAGGAGGCUAGAUGCCUUUAUGGCCUUGGCACCUUACAAUGUUCAUUAUCAGUUUUAGUGGACUCAACAACGGAAAAAGUGAGGACACAACAACUGGGAGCAUGGACAAUUGAUUUUAAUAAAUCAUUCGUAUUAGACAUAAGUGAUCCAUCUUUAACAAUUUCUGGUGAUAUAAAAGUAGAACUACUACAAAAGUCGUCGCGCAAAAUAAUAUUUCACUUUUGGUUUAACACAUAUUUUGUACGGGAAACUGCUGUCUGCGAAUCAAAUGGCAAUACUGUUAGAUAUUUGUAUACUUUAAAAAAAUGUGAAAUCGACGACGCGCAUAAGGACAAGGAACACAGAUCUUUUUCCGAGAAUUUCAAGGUAUGCAUUGUAUUCGAAGCUGAAAAUAAUUUCAAGACGGUUGAAUCUGUUUCCGAUGUAAAUAAUAAGGACAGCGACAGAACUAAUGAUUUUUGCAAUAUUUCUGAUGGCCAUGAAAGCGACCGCAAGUUACAAGCAUCUGGAUUAAGCUCACCUUCAAAUCAAUACACCGGACCUACUGCAAGUUUUAAAUUGGAUGGAAACAGCUGUAAAGCCAAGUAUUUAUCCAUUCAUAGUGGUGGACUCAUAGAAUUCUCUAAAAACAACCGUUACGAAGGGGGUUCUUUAUCUAACGCAAAAUUGAUCAAAUCUACGCCCAAGCGCAAACAAUUGCAUACAAGACCAAAUUUAACAACCGCACAUAAUACCUCGUCGAAUGACAUAAAAAAACAACACAUUUUAAGUCGACCGUCCGUUCAAAACGCCAGUUCAACCGAUUCGCAUUGGCAAAAUGGUGUAACUGUUUCGUGCGAAAAAAGCACCAAUACAAAUGCCUUUAAUAAUAUGCCCAAGGCCACUGAUGCAUCAAAAAAAAACAUUGAUCAAGGCGCAUGUAAUUAUUAUCAGCUAAUUCCAGAACAACCGAACUAUGGUAUAGGAGAAGAUUGGGAAUCCAGUUUUCAAUCAAAUGCGAAAUCUAAAGCAAAAAAUAAUAAAUCAGAAGAUAGUGAUAAUUGCACAAAUCCCUCAACGGAUCACUAUUGGUCAGAUGAUUUUGUAUCUAAGAAAUCCGAGAUGUUUCAUCAAAAUGUUUGGUCAACCGACAACGAUGAAGUAUUUAAUACAAAUACGAAAAAUAAUAUUAAUUCAGAAGAUAGUGAUAAAUGCACAAAUCACUCAACGGUAGAUAGUUGGUUUUUUAAAGCGAAGCUACUUCAACUGGACCAUAUUAUCAUGCCAUGUGUCAUAAAGGAAAAAAAAUCUUUAGAAAACGACAACGAUGAAGUAUUUAAUACAAAUACUAAUUCAAGUAAAAUUAAUGGAUGGGCUGGCUUAAGAAUUAAAACAUCAAAGCAUAAGCAUAAAACAACUAACUUUAAAAAACAUAAAAUAAAAACUUCCCAAAUGCAAUCGAUUCACAGCUACUUUAGGUCGGAUCCAGCCAAUUUUCGUCACAGUUUUGUGCCAUCGAGCGUAAUUUAUCGAAAUAGUACCGAGAACUUAAAUUUUGAUCACUGCUUCUCGAACUCUGCGACUUCAUCUAUAUCAGUCUCGACGCCAGCUGUUGGCUGCCAAAAAAAUUCUCAUUCCUGCCCAAACAUUUUAAGCAACAUUUAUUUAAAUUAUUCGGUGAGCUUAAAAUCUAUUUCUUCAACCAAUUUGCUAAACCUUAUCCCACUGUCGGGCCAAAAAAAGGCAAGGAGUAAUAGUGAAGAUGAUUACUCAUGUAUAUGUGAUAACCAAUUAAGUUUUAAAGAUUCACCACGGCAGUUUUUUAACAAUAUAGUGGAAAGUAAAGUAUUAUCCAAAAAUAUAAAAAAAUCGACUUCUUCAAAUACGAAUUAUAAUGUUAAUUUAUCUGCAGAACCAGCUAAUUACGUUGAUUUUUAUAUUGAUCCACAAAAAAAUUACUCUCCAGAAAAAAACGCAGAUAAGCGAAUGAAAAAAAAAAGUUGUACUUUUCCAGAUUUAAAUAAAGAAUUUCGUUCACUAAGUAUAGAGCAUACUAAAAUUGCAUCAAUGUCUGGAUUGCUUAAUCUUAUUGACUUGAAAAAUACACUCCUUUCAUAUGAAACUCAAACAAACUAAAGUCUUGCUGAUCAUAUCUCAAAUUUGGAUCAGAGAGUAUGGAGCAUACUAGUAUCGAUCCGAUAAUUCUUAAACUGCUGGUUGUGUAGGCAAGUAAUUCCAUGGAAACAUAGUUAUUGAUUUCAAUUUGAAGAAUUAUAGUCAAAACUAUUUCAAGAGCAGUGUGAGUUAAAUUUUAAAAUAAAAUUUAAAAAAAACUUAAGAAUUGUUUGUAAUAUUCCGAGCCGAUAAGUAUAAUAUUCAUUAUAUAAUAAAGUAAAUUUACAUAGAGUAAAGUCAUACUUUAUACAAAAUAAUGUUUUCCCACGUAUAACUAAAAUUGUAAAAGAAUUAAAUAGAUUAAUAUGAGUUCGACAUAUAGAAUGCGAGAUGUUCUAAUGUAUAUUUAUAAAAAAUCAGAAAAGUUCACGUAUGUAUAUGUAUAAUUGUGCCCAAACAUAGUAACUUAUAAAAAGGAUUCAUGUUUGUUCAAGUUGUUUUAAGUUUUUGUGUAUGUCAAAUUUUACAAUAUUUGUAAAGAAAAUCUGAUUAAAAUUAUUACAUACUUUAAAGAUUUA